ACCGCUCAUGGCGUCCAAAGCUGGAAGCACAACGCAUCCCCCUCACCCACCCGGUGAGCGUCAUCCUUGACCACGCCGAGGCGCAGGGCCUCAUUGUGAAGGAUCCCAGGUCAGAGGAGGAGGUAUUUGCGGUCCACAAAGGAGGGACAUACUGCAAGUACCACCGCCAGACAUCCCACAAGACCGAGGAUUGCACCACCUUGAAGAGGCACAUCGACGGCCUCGUCCGACAGGGGGAACUUUCCCAAUUUGUCAAGGGUGCCCCCAAGAGUAACACUUGGGUUAACCCUGGCAAAAGGGGGGAAGGAUCCUCCGGGAAAAAGAGGGAGAUCGGCGCCCUCAGUGAAGAUGAGGACGAAGAAGAGCCCCGCCAGAAGAAACAUCACAUUCACAUCAUCGUCGGCGGGAACACAGGGGGGGACUCGGCUACCCAACGGAAAAAAUGGGCUCAGUCCCUAUACGUUGGUGAGGUGUCCCACGCCCCCCCUCAGCCGAAGCGACGGAACGUGGAGGCCAUCACCUUCACCGACAAGGACCUCCCCUUCGGCCCCUUGCCCCACAGGGACGCCCUCGUCGUCAAAUGCGAGAUAGGCAAUAACAUCAUCCACCGCAACUACAUCGACACUGGCAGCUCCGUCAAUGUGAUGUAUGUUGAUACAUUCAGACAGCUGAAGUUGAAGAAAACCGAGCUCCGGCCGAUACGGACUCCGUUAUCCGGCUUCACCGGGGACUCUAUCGACGCCGAGGGCACGAUAGUGCUUCCCAUUGUGGUCGGUGACGGUACCUGUCAGGCAAAGAUUGACAUGGAGUUCGUGGUUGUCAACUUGGACAGCGCCCACAACAUGAUUUGGGGACGACCGGCCUUGGAGGACCUUGAGGCCAUCAUCUCCAUGAGACAUCUAUGCCUCAAGUUCCCCACCAAGGACGGCGUCGGCUACGCCAGAGGGAACCAGAAGAUAGCCAGGGCUUGUUACCUGAAGCUCACAAGGAAAAUCAAUGAAGCCGAGGAGCGGAUAGACACCAUCACCACCGCCUCGGCCGAAGAAGACACACCAAAGGCCGAACCGGUCGGAGACGUGGAAGAUGUUCCGUUGGACGUCUCCCGGCCGGAACGCACGCUGAAGAUUGGGACACAGCUCCCCCAACAGAUCUGAAGGGACGUCCUCUCUGUCCUGAGAGCGUACGCCGUCGUCUUCGCAUGGGGACCGGAGGACAUGCCGGGCAUCAGCCCAAAGGUAAUCACACAUCGGCUAUCGGUAAACCCGGCCUCCUCCCCCAUCAAACAGAAGAAGCGCUACCUCUCAGCUGACAGGAGGGAAUUUGUCAAGGCCGAGGUGGCCAUGCUGCUCUCCAUCAGGCACAUAAAAGAGGUGAAGUACCCCACGUGGUUGGCGAACGUCGUCCUCGCACCAAAGCCGCCCACGUUCAGAAUGUGUGUUGAUUACACUGACCUGAACAAAGCGUGCCCAAUGGACCCAUUCCCUCUCCCCAACAUUGAUCAGUUGGUGGACGAGACGGCGGGGUGCGAGUUGAUGUCGUUCCUCGACGCGUUCAGAGGGUACCACCAGAUAUCCAUGCAUGAAGAUGACGCGGAGAAGACUGCUUUCAUGACCCCGGAGGGCAUUUUUUGCUACCUCGUCAUGGCCUUUGGGCUCAAGAACUCCGGCGCCACCUACACAAGGAUGGUAGCCCGGAUUUUUAGAGCAGUCUUAGGUCGGACGAUGGAAGCAUACGUCGACGAUAUGAUCGUCAAGAGCAAACAAUCCACAACCCAUGCCGACGACCUCCGGGGCAUCUUCGAGAUCAUGAAGAAAUACAACCUCCGGCUCAACCCAAAGAAGUGCACCUUCGGCGUCCAGGGAGGUAAAUUCCUGGGGUACCUGGUCAGCCGAAGGGGCAUUGAAGUAAACCCGGAGAAGAUACAAGCCAUUAUCAACAUGGAGCCGCCCCGCAACAUCAAAGAAGUGCAACGGCUGACGGGACGCCUCGCGGCCCUGAACCGUUUCCUUUCAAAGUCCGCGGAAAAAUCGCUCCCUUUCUUCCAGAUAAUGAGGAAAGCCACCAGCUUCAAGUGGACGACGGAGUGCCAACAAGCCUUUGAAGAGCUGAAGCAAUAUCUCGCCUCCCCACCCGUCCUAUCCAAGCCCCAGCCCGGCGAGACUCUCUUCCUCUAUUUGGGGGUGAGCACGUCGGCCGUCAGCUCUGUACUCAUCAGGGAGGAUGACGGGGUACAGAAGGCAAUAUUCUACGUCAGCAAGACGCUGCGAGAGGCCGAGCUCAGGUACUCCCCCAUUGAGAAGACGGUCCUGGCCAUCGUCCACACGGUGAAGAAGCUGGGCCACUAUUUCCAAGCUCACCCCGUCCACAUCCUCACGCAUCAGCCGUUGGGCGCCCUCAUGAGGAGCCCGACCAGCUCUCCAAGGAUGAUCAAAUGGGCAAUAUUCCUGAGCCAGUACCAGAUUGAUAUCAAACCAAGGCCAUCUAUCAAAGGGCAAGCCUUGGCCGACUUUGUCACGGAAUGCACAGCGAGGGAGACGGCCGUCACCACCACCGGCCGUGAACCAGAUGAAGCCUGGACCCUCUUCACGGAUGGGUCAUCGGCCAACAAAGCAUGCGGGGGUGGCGUCGUCCUCAUCUCACCAGAAGGAUUCAGAGCGUACUACGCCAUCCGCUUCAACUUCAAGGUAUCCAACAAUGAGGCCGAGUAUGAAGCGCUCCUCAGCGGUCUCAGACUAGCCGCUGGCCUCAAAGCACGCCACGUCAGAAUCAAAUGCGACUCCAAACUCGUAGUGAGCCAGAUGGAGGGUUCCUACGAGGCCAAAGAAGGAAGGAUGAAGCAAUACAAGGAGGCCGCUGCGGAAUUGCUCAAGGCGUUCGACACCUACGAGAUCACUCAGAUCCCAAGGGCGGAGAACGCCGAGGCCGACAUCCUCUCUAAACUCAGCUCCGACACCCCUGAGCACAUCUCCAAGAUAGCUAAGGUGGAGGAGUUGAGCAUGUCAAGCAUUCACGCAAGUCCCAUACUCUCCAUACAGCACCAGCCGGAGGACUGGAUCACUGACAUCGCAACAUACAUCACCUCCGGCACGCUACCAGAAGACGAGGAAAGGGCCAAACUAGCCAAGCUCAGGGCUCCUAGCUAUGUCAUUGAGAGUGACAAGCUCUACAAAAGAUCAUACAAUGGCACCCUCCUCCGGUGCCUCCACCAGAAUGAGGCCGAAGUGGCCAUGGAAGAAGUCCACUGCGGCGUAUGCUCAUCUCAUCAGGGGCCCUUCAGCAUGUCGCGCCGCCUCGUCGUCCAAGGCUACUUCUGGCCGACGAUGGCACGCGAUUGUGCUGAAGUCGCCCGCAAAUGCAGCGCAUGCCAACACUACCAAAGGGCACCUGGUCGGCCGGCCGUCAACUACGCCCCGGUCAGCACUGCUAUCCCAUUUUCCAGAUGGGGCAUCGACCUCGUCGGCCCAUUACCAAGAGCUGCGGGCAACAACAGAUACAUCAUCGUCGCCAUCGACUACUUCACCAAAUGGGUCGAAGCCGAACCACUCGCACGCAUCACCGGAGCGCGGUGUCGAAAGUUCGUCUACAAAAACAUCCUCACCCGCUUCGGUGUGCCUCAGGAGAUCAUAUCUGACAACGGCACCCAAUUUGAAGCCGAACCGUUCCAAAGCCUCCUCCAAGAAUGGGGAAUCAAGCACCGUUUCUCCUCCGUUGCCUACCCUCAGGCCAACGGACAGGUUGAGAACGCCAACAGAACCAUCUUGGAGGGGUUAAAGAAGAAGCUCGAGGAAGAAGGCGGAAGUUGGGUCGACGAGCUCCCCAACGUCCUAUGGUCCUACCGAACUACUCCAAGGAGGGCCACCGGGGAGACGCCAUUCUCCUUGUGCUACGGCUUCGAAGCCAAGGCCCCCACUGAAGUCACCCUCCCCAGCCGACGGGUCACACAAUACGACCCCGAAGCCAAUGAAGAAACAAUGAAGAUCGACUUGCACCUCAUUGACGAAAGGCGGGAGAUGGCCUACCUCAGAGCGGAGAACUACAGACGACAAAUCAAAUCCUACUACGACGCCAAGGUCCGAUCUCGCGAAUUCCAGGUGGGGGACUACGUCCUCCGCCGAAGGGAAGCAAGCAAGCCGACGGAAGGAGGAAAGCUCGCCGUCAAAUAUGAAGGGCCCUACAUCAUCAGCGCCGUCAUCAAAGCCGGCACUUAUAAACUAAAAAACCCUAAUGGGUCAGAUGUACCACGAUUGUGGAAUGUACACCACCUGGUGAAAUUUUACCAAUAACUCGAGAAGUGGUGAAGCGGGCAACGUCCCCCACCCCUCGGCUUAUUGGUUGAAUAAAACACCCUCGGCAUAGCGCCACUUAUUGAAUAAAAUUCAUGUUUCAUCCAAUCUUUUAAGAUUUGAGCAAAAGAAACCCAAGGACCGCAUCGGCCUAAGCGGUGCAAUCACCCGGGACCGAUGCGACCUAAAAAGCCGUUGCAAUAAACAACGCACCUAAAGCCGUUGCAAUAAACAACGCACCUAAAGCCGUUGCAAUAAACAACGCACCUAAAGCCGUUGCAAUAAACAACGCACCUAAAUAUCGUAUCGGCACAAGCGGUGAAACACCCAAAUCGGCCGGCGAUAUGCAGGACGAAGGACCUGUGUGCAUGGUCCGACGUCUUCAAACGGAGAAGCAUACCGCGUCGUCCGCGCGGAAACCGCAGGACGACAGGCCUGAAUUAAGGCUGAGGUUACAAAAACUCCACCCGUCAGUAAAAUUUCACUCAGGACCACAAAGGGCGGCCGUCAAAAGACGAUGCCUAGUCCGGUCCCUCGUCGCCGAUAGACGUGGAAAGGCAAAAAAGGAUGCCACUGACACACCAAGCCGAGGGCGUAUUUACUCCCUCGCACUAAUCCACGCGAAAAGCGUAGCGGACAAACUACCGCACAUGGACGAAGGGAGAGUAACCCUUCGGCCACCUAAAAAAAAAAAAAAAAAAAAAAAAAAAAAAGGGAAGAGGGAAGCCGACGGACCGCGCACCCGCCGGCCUCGAGCAAAAAAUAAAAUCCCCACAAAAAACCAAAGCCUCAAAAUCGGCUAAGUACAUAUCAGGUUUCCACCUAAGAGGAAUACGAAGUGCACGCUUCGGCCUCAACCAUAGCAUCACAAAAGGGAAUCGCUUCGGCUUCGGUUAUACAAAACCACAGUCCAUUACUUGGACGAUGGGACGCAUCGUCUCCACGUAGCAAAACCCAAAUGACGAACCGAAGCAAAACAGCUCCAUCGAGGCAAGUGGGACACUUAGAACAUUUUCUAAGUCACACUACAAGAGAGACGAUGCGCUACCAUUCCAUAUCUGGGUAUCGCUUCGUCCUCAACACUUCAGGAUUAAGUUCCAAAAACCCGGGAAAGAUGUAAAGGCAAGAAACAUCCAGGCUUUCUUGCACCAGCCAAGGGAACACAUCGUUCAUACAACCGUAUACACAUGAAUGCAACCAAGACGUUGCGACCUCUGGCUAAAAGAUUCAACCAUCCUAAACGAGCAAAUCAAGUUUGAUGUUGGCACUUAGAAAAAAUUCUAAGGGAACUAGCCUACAUCGACACAUGGACGAUGGUCCGCAUCGUCUCAACCAAACACGGGUGUAUGGAACUGACACUUCAAAAAACGUGAGGAUUAGAAAGUAUACAAAAAACAAUGCGGUGAAGAUGGGGAUGCGGCCCUGAACCACCAUCAGGAGCGCGCGCUUCGUCUAAAGAUGCCACACCAGCAAACCACCGCAUCAUCUCCGACGAGGGACGCAUAUCCCUUGAGACACCGAAGGAACGCUUCGUCUCAACCAACCGAAGUAUGUUCGCAAACACUUAGCCGAAUUUGAAGAAGAUGAAACUUAUAAAGCAUGGAGUACAGAGACGAUACGACACUAAAAGGUCAUACUUCAAAAAAACUAUGAAGACGGAGCAACAAACAUCUAUACUUAGACAAAAAGAGAUCUCUAAUUGAUAAUUCAAAUCAUACAAGGAGGGCGCUUCGGCCGUUACAAUCAUCAGGGCGCUUCGGCCAUUAAAGACUACUACUACAAAUAAGGAAAGAAAACUAAGUACAAGAAACACUAAGCAGCUUGUCCUUGGCCACCCUCGACGGCUCCGCUGUCCGCAUCGUCUUGCUCAUCCUCAGUAUUUUUUGACUUGGUCGAGGUCCGGAAGAGGUAAUCAUCACUCUCGGUCCAGGGCUCGUCCUCUUCAUCCGAGCUCAGGAUGGGGGGCUGCCUUUCGGACAGAGGAAGUUUCAGCUCCUCCUCGGGGUCCUUCAUCAUCCGGGGAAGGCCGAUACCCCUGGGCUUCAGGUUCUUUACACGCCGGCGGAGGCGGCGGUAAACCAACAUCUGCAUACGCCUCUGGCCGAGGUCGUACCAGACUUCAAACUCCUCCUUCAGGCGGGCUCGGCCAGCCUCCUCCUGAGACCACGCUUCAAAGCGCUCCGCCACAACAUUGAAAGACCAAUCGCUUCGGGCCUCGUCCUUCCACCCCUCGGCCAUAAAAAGCUCAAUGGCCUUAUCGGCAGCUGCAAUCGCAUCGGCCUCAAGCUUCACAGCUCUUUCCUCUGCUAGCCGACGGGCAGCCGCUUCUUCGUCUAACUGAACCUUGAGGCGUUUCGCCUCGUCCUCAG